AAUCCCUCUCCCACUUUUUCUUUCUCUCGCUCUUCCGUAUUACUCUCUUCCUCGGAAGAAAAAAAAAAGAGAGGACCUCGGAGAAAUCGAAACAAUUUUUACACAUAGUGGAAUUGAACUCUGAUAUAUCAGUCCGCUAUGGGAAAUAGUGUUUCCUUUCGUUUUCUCACGCUUGAUAGAAGAGAUUUCUCCUUAUAAUUCAAAAGAAUCAAUGAUUAAUGGAGAUGAGAUGUCUAGAGAGGUUUGCAAUGAUACAAGGUGAUGCUAUUCAGAACCAAAUUGAAAAAAUGUGAUUCUAAUGUUGGCAGUGAAGGGGGACUAAAUGACCUCAUAUCAUCAGUUUCCAAGGGAAGGAGUAUAUCGUCAUGUCUCUUUUAUCAAGUUUGCAUUCCUUAUCGGAGGAAAAAUCCCAUACUUGACACUUAUGGGAUCGUUGAUGCGGCGUUUAUUUGUUAUCGUCUCGUUCUCAUUGGUUGCUUUAGUCCUAUUUCUAUCUUAUUCUGGUGAUGAAAUUAUUUCUGAUUCGUCAAAACCUAUGCAAAUCAAGUGGUUAGUGGAUAAUCAUGGAUUUAUUUUAAACACUCCAGGCUGUCAAAUACCAGAUUGGGACCCGUAUGAUCCGUCUGUCUUACCAUUCAUUGUCAAGAUGAAAACUCCAUUUAAAUGUCCAGGUCCUCCUCAAUUUAUGAAUGCUAAACCAAAUGGCGUAGUGGCUCUCGACAAACAUUUGCUGAAUUUUUACUACGGUAUGCAUCGUGAGAAUUUAUCAUGUAAUUACAGAGAAAUUGUCAGAGAUUCAGGGUCAGAAAAGGAUAGAACAGAUAAUAAAUAUACUUUCGGGAACCCCAAAUUACUACAAUUUAACGUUCCUUUAAAGGAAGAAUUUAUCAUGGUGAAAUGCUCCAUGGGAGAUUUGCGAAAUUUUACUCAAUUCAUUCCUCUUGUGCCUCUAAAACCUGAAGUAGAAAAAGAGAAGACGGGCAAAGCUCAAUCUUUGCCAGAUGAUGAGCGUUUGAACAUUAUAUUCGUUGGAAUAGAUUCCGUUUCAAAACUUAACUUCAUGCGUCAUUUCCGUAAAACUCAUCGUUUCAUAAAAGAAAAUCUCUCAUCAUUUGAACUGAAAGGAUAUACGAAAGUAGCAGACAAUACUUUUCCUAAUCUAGUGCCAUUACUUACGGGGCAGUUUAUCGAAUAUUACUGGAAUGAAUCUAUGAGAGAUAUGUUUUUUGACCAUGUUGAUUUUAUAUGGAAAAACUAUUCUGAAAGGGGUUACAGAACGCUUUUUGCAGAAGAUGCUCCACACAUAGCAACAUUUAAUUAUCUGAAAAGAGGUUUUCGUGAUCCACCAGCUGAUUAUUAUUUCCGUCCUUUUGCUCUUGCAGUAGAAAAAUCAUUCGUUCGACGGGAAAGCAAAGGAAACUGUUUGCAGUCGAAAUUAGAAAUGGAAGUUUUGUACAACUAUUUAAAAGAUUUUGUAAAAACUAUGAAAAAUCGUCCUCUGUUUGGUUUUACUUUUGUAGCAAGACUUACACAUGACAGCUUGAAUGCUGCUGGAAUCGCAGAUGAACCAACUUUUCAUUUAUUGAGGGAUUUACACGACAUUGGUGCAUUGAAUAAAAGUGUCCUUAUUUUAUUCAGUGACCAUGGUAUAAGAUUUGGACCAAUUAGACAGACAUAUAUCGGCAAGUUUGAAGAACGAAUGCCAUUCAUAUUUCUAUUUUUUCCGAACUGGUUUCUCGAAAAACAUCCUGAAUGCGCAGAAAAUUUGAAGCAAAAUCAGGAACGUUUAACAACCCCUUUUGAUAUCCAUGCAAUGCUAGUGCAUCUUCUUAACAUCACACGUCAGCCUUCUCCAGAGCUUAAUGAAACAUUAUCCAGGCUGACUCCAAAUGGUUUGAGUUUGUUGGAUCCUAUACCGAAGGAUCGAACUUGUGAACAAGCUAAUAUUUUACCUCACUGGUGUCCGUGUCAAAUUCACAAACCAUUACCUGUUAACGAACCUGUAGUGCUCAACAGUGCUCUUGCUUUAAUUGAUACAAUAAACGGGCUAUUAAAACCUUACUUAAACGUCUGCAUUCCUUUGAAAAUGGGCAAGGUUUUAGAUGCUCGAUUUGGACAAGCCAAUGAUAUGGUUCUGCGCUUUGUGAAACAUCAAAAUGAUGUCAUAAAUCGACAUGUUGUUUUAGGCCAAAAAGUUAACGCACCAGGAGAUUAUUUGCUAGUUAUCAGUGCCAAUCCAAGUGGUGGUAUUUUUGAGGGAACAGUAAGGUACGAUGCUGAGGAUGACACUUAUAGAGUCUUAGACGACAUCAGCAGAUUAAAUAAGUACGGUAAUCAAUCUGAGUGCAUAACGAGUGCAAGAAUGCGUAAGUUUUGUUAUUGUAAAUCAAAAACUCUCUUCCACAAAAUCUUCAGAACAAUGAAAAAUUCCUCUUACUCAUAGAAAUACGACACUAAUUAAUAUAUGUAUUAUAACACUUCUCAAACAUUGUGAUGAAUUCCAAAUGUCUUCAUUCUUUUUUCGCAAUCUAUAUUGUGCAAUAUCUAUCAUUUUUGCAACAUAAUGUUAUCGUUGUCGAAAGGUUUUUCACCCUUUUCCAAAUAUUUAGUUAAAAUACCCUUCAUUACAACUUUUAAAAUAUUUGCACUUUAGAAAAAAAAACUUCUUAUAAGAAGUGUAAUUUCAGUUGUAUUUUGAACUUGAUUUACUGUGAUGUUUUUUAUGACGGUUAAAUAACACAUCAAAGUUAUUUACGUAGAUGAAACUUCUACAAAAUGCUCUAAUAAUUUCACUCCAUAUUUUAUAGAACGUCUGUGAUUAAGUAAUGUGAUUUCAAUGUAUUCCUAGUUUCUUUCAUCUGUUAAAUAGUUAUUUUUUUGUGUAAAUAAAA